AUGUUAGCUGCCAAGAACAUUUUAAGUAAAUCAAGCACGAUGGCGGGCCCAGUUCGUCUGGCUACCCGUCUCCAAUCUACCAAGGUGCAAGGUCAAGUCAUCGGUAUUGAUUUGGGUACUACCAACUCCGCCGUCGCAGUGAUGGAAGGUAAGAUCCCAAAGAUCAUUGAGAAUGCAGAAGGUUCUAGAACUACCCCAUCUGUCGUUGCAUUCACUAAGGAAGGUGAAAGAUUGGUCGGUAUUCCAGCUAAACGUCAAGCUGUCGUUAACCCAGAAAAUACAUUGUUCGCCACCAAGAGAUUGAUCGGGCGUCGUUUUGAAGAUGUCGAAGUGCAAAGAGAUAUUAAGCAAGUUCCAUAUAAGAUUGUUAAGCACAGUAACGGUGAUGCUUGGGUUGAAGCUAGAGGUCAAACUUACUCUCCUGCUCAAAUUGGUGGGUUCGUCUUGAACAAGAUGAAGGAAACCGCUGAAGCCUAUUUAGGGAAGGCUGCCAAGAACGCUGUCGUUACUGUUCCAGCUUAUUUCAAUGAUUCUCAAAGACAAGCUACCAAGGAUGCCGGUCAAAUUGUUGGAUUGAACGUUCUUCGUGUUGUCAACGAACCUACUGCAGCUGCUUUGGCGUACGGGUUGGAGAAAUCUGAUUCUAAGGUUGUCGCUGUCUUCGAUUUAGGUGGUGGUACUUUCGAUAUUUCUAUCUUGGAUAUUGAUAACGGUGUCUUCGAAGUUAAAUCUACUAAUGGUGAUACCCAUUUAGGUGGUGAAGAUUUCGAUAUUUAUUUAUUAAGAGAAAUCGUUUCUCGUUUCAAGACUGAAUCGGGUAUUGAUUUGGAAAAUGACCGUAUGGCCAUUCAAAGAAUUAGAGAAGCCGCUGAAAAGGCCAAGAUUGAAUUAUCUUCCACUGUUUCUACAGAAAUUAACCUACCAUUUAUUACUGCUGAUGCAUCUGGUCCAAAGCAUAUUAACAUGAAAUUUAGCAGAGCUCAAUUCGAAACUUUGACUGAACCAUUAAUUAAGAGAACUGUGGACCCAGUCAAGAAGGCUCUAAAGGAUGCCAAUUUAGCUACUUCUGAUAUCUCAGAAGUCCUUCUAGUUGGUGGUAUGUCAAGAAUGCCAAAGGUUGUUGAAACUGUUAAGCAGUUGUUUAACAGAGAACCAUCCAAGGCUGUUAACCCAGAUGAAGCUGUGGCCAUUGGUGCUGCUAUUCAAGGUGCUGUCUUGUCUGGUGAAGUCACAGAUGUCUUAUUAUUAGAUGUUACUCCAUUAUCUUUAGGUAUUGAAACUUUAGGUGGUGUCUUCACAAGAUUGAUUCCAAGAAAUACCACUAUCCCAACUAAGAAAUCUCAAAUCUUCUCUACUGCAGCAGCUGGUCAAACUUCUGUUGAAAUUAGAGUGUUCCAAGGUGAAAGAGAAUUAGUUAGAGAUAACAAAUUAAUUGGUAACUUCAAUCUAUCUGGUAUCCCACCUGCACCAAAGGGUGUUCCACAAAUUGAAGUCACUUUUGAUAUUGAUGCCGAUGGUAUUAUUAACGUCUCUGCCAGAGAUAAGGCUACCAACAAGGACUCUUCCAUCACCGUCGCAGGUUCCUCAGGUUUGUCUGAAUCUGAAAUUGAAAAGAUGGUUAACGAUGCUGAAAAAUUCAAGUCUCAAGAUGAAGCUAGAAAGCAAUCUAUUGAAACUGCUAACAAGGCUGACCAAUUGGCUAACGACACUGAAAACUCUUUGAAAGAAUUUGAAGGUAAGUUAGAUAAGGCUGAAGCACAAAAGGUUAAAGACCAAAUUGCAUCUUUGAAGGAAUUGAUCGCAAGAGUUCAAGGCGGUGAAGAAGUGGAUGCUGAAGAAUUGAAGACCAAGACUGAAGAGCUACAAACUGCUUCAAUGAAGUUAUUCGAACAAAUGUACAAGAAUGAUUCUUCAAGCAACAACAACGGUGGUGAACAAUCAUCCUCUGGUGAAACCAAGCAAUAG